AUGGGGCGGGGCAUCGGGCUGCAAGCUGAGAGCGCCGCGCGCGGCCGCCGAUUGGAAAGCCGAGCUCAGGCUCUGUUAGGAUGCUGCGGGCAGGAGCACCUACCGCCGGCUUGUUCCGGACGGGAGAAGUCCACACCGGGACAACCAUCAUGGCGGUGGAGUUUGAUGGGGGUGUCGUGGUGGGCUCUGAUUCCCGGGUGUCCGCAGGAGAAGCGGUGGUGAACCGAGUGUUUGACAAGCUUUCUCCUCUGCACCAGAGGAUCUACUGCGCCCUCUCCGGUUCCGCUGCCGAUGCCCAAGCCGUAGCCGACAUGGCCGCCUACCAGCUGGAGCUGCACGGGUUGGAACUGGAAGAGCCGCCCCUUGUUCUGGCCGCUGCAAAUGUGAUAAGGAAUAUCACCUACAAGUACCGAGAGGACUUGUCAGCGCACCUCAUGGUGGCUGGUUGGGACCAACGUGAGGGGGGCCAGGUGUACGGAACCAUGGGAGGAAUGCUGAUCCGACAGCCCUUUGCCAUCGGUGGUUCUGGCAGCACCUACAUUUACGGUUAUGUGGACUCAGCAUAUAAAGCAGGCAUGACCCCUGAGGAGUGCAGGCGCUUCACCACAAAUGCCAUCGCUCUGGCCAUGAACCGCGAUGGCUCUAGCGGGGGUGUCAUCUACCUGGUCACCAUCACAGCCGCUGGCGUGGACCAUCGAGUAAUCCUGGGAGAUGAGCUGCCGAAGUUCUAUGACGAGUGACUUGUCCCCGGACUCCCCGUCACAGAACCGGUGCUGUGUCUGGAAUGGACGUCAGAAAGAAGCAGUGUAGGGGAGGGGAACUUCUUUCCAAGCCAGAUAUCAGCGUACACGUUUCAUCCUUUUUUUAAAAUAAAUUUUAUUAUUAAAAAAACACUUGCAAAUAAAAAUAAAUUGCAAAUAAAUGAAAGCACCCAACACCGAAAUUAAACAGACCCAAAGCCUUCGCAACUUGAUGAACUUCAAUACAGUUGGAGUUGAGAAUUGAAAUGGAAGCUGUGAUGCUUCUGUUAAAUUUCAUACCUUAUCAUCCUAUCAUCCUCUAUCCGCAAGCUAAAACAUCUUCCCCAGAGAAAGGGGGUGUCAGACACCAGGAGAAAAGGCCUCAUAUAUGAGAGGUUACUAUGUACCAAAUGUUUUUUUUUAAUUUUUAAAGAUUUAUUUACUUUUA